UCCAUAAUACAGCAACGGUAACGCUGGCUCUUGGUUUCUUUUCUGACGUCGAUUCGUCAAUCCAGGUUCCACCUCCACCUCCACCUCCACCAUCACAUCAAAUCCUAACCUGAGCCCUUCCCUCCAGGCCUCGAAUACGAAAUAUACCUACCUUGUCCAAAGAACUUCACGCGUUUGGAUACCCUUCCCUUCAUUCUUGAGUAUAUGCACAAUUCCAUCUAUUAAUCUGCCAAAGUGAUUAGGUGUAGAGAAAAUCACUGCAGAAUUAUAGUAGGAAACAAUGUUGUUCUCACGCCUAUUCUCAGUUGGGAUACUGGCUGUUGGAGUGCAUACUCAAGCCACUUCAGAAACCUCUUCAGAUACCACUUCAAGUUCGAGUUCAAGAUCGAGUUCAAGAUCUAGCACGGGUUCUUCCUCAUCCCAAACAGAUAUCUCUGUGAUAACAGGAUCGGAACAGAGAACACCUACAGGAUCUUAUCUUUCUUUAUCCACUACAAUUACUGUUUCUACGUCUUCAUCAGCGGUAUCAACUGAAGCUGUCGUUUCUACUUCAACUGGUAAAACCACCACACUUACAACUACUCUUGGAUCAACUACAAUUUAUGCAAUUGGUACCGAAACCCUGACAGGAAAUGUGACGGAAUCGACCAGUACUGCUACACAAAUCAUUCUGACAGGUGGUGGAGGGCAUUCCACAACAACCAGUGCUAUUAAUGGAACAUCCAAUUCAACAGCAACAUCAACCUCCAGUUCCGCAAAAGCAACCAACACAACUCCCUGCAACAACUUUGUUGAAUUCUGCGAUCGUAGUUACGGAAAUAUCACCGAAGUAUCCGCGCACAAUUCUCCUUUCGUUCGAAAGGGCAGUGUGGCUGCAAAUCAAGAAUUAGACGUCACAACCCAACUCAACGAUGGAAUUAGAUUAUUACAGGCUCAGAUCCAAUGGAAUGGAAGUAUUCCACAUUUCUGCCAUACCUCCUGCGACAUAUUAGACGCAGGACCCAUCACCGAUUUUCUAGGCAAAGUCUACAAUUGGGUUUCCGAACAUCCAUUCGACGUAGUUACGAUUCUCCUCGGAAAUGGCAAUUACUCCAAAAUCGACGCCUACAUCCCCUUCCUCGAAGAAACCGGUUUACAAAACUACGCCUACGUGCCCCCCAAAAUCCCCAUGGCAAUCGACGACUGGCCCACCCUCGCCAGCAUGAUCCUAAGCGGAAAACGCGUCGUCAUAUUCAUGGACUACAACGCCAACCAAACCGCGUACCCAUGGGUCCUCGAUGAAUUCACAAACAUGUGGGAAACCCCCUUCGAUCCCACCAAUCGCUCUUUCCCCUGCGUUCCAGAACGUCCUCCCAAUCUCCAAGAUGCUGACGCAAAAUCCCACCUCUACAUGACGAAUCAUAAUCUUAAUUAUGAUAUUAAUCUCCUCGGUAUCUCGCUGUUGGUACCCUAUCAGAAUCUUCUGAAUGUGACGAAUAAUGUUACCGGUUAUGGCUCUUUGGGUACGAAUGCAGAGCAGUGUGUACAGGAAUGGGGAUUCCCGCCUAAGUUUCUUAAUGUGGAUUUUUACAAUGUGGGGCAAGGGAGUGUGUUUGAGGUCGCUGCGAAGUGGAAUAACGUUACUUAUGAUCGGGAGUGUUGUGGUGCGGAGGCGGCUAGUGAGGCGCGGAGAUUGUUGAGUGGGGGGAGAAGUGCGGUUUGGGUGACGCUGGGGGUGGUUGGGUUUAUGUGGUUGGGUUUGUGAGGAUGGGUGGAGGAGGUGGGAGGAGGGAGGAUGGGAGGAGGGAGGGGAAGAGGUUAUGAUGUAUGGUGGUGUAUAUCAUGUGUAAAGAGGAGGAUUGUGAUUGAUAUUUGAUAUUUGAUAUUAGGACUGCACUGAGCGAAUUAACUGCUAUUUUUGGCAUGGGAUGGCGUUUGGGUAGUAGGUAUAUAUAUGCACACGUAUAUGCAUUUAAGAAUUAUGAGAUGAAUAGAUUGCUUGGUU